AUGGUCACGAUCACCUCCCCCAGGGCUAUCGCCAUUAGGCGUUCUCAGGUGGACUCUAUACGCGAAAGAAUCGAACGUAUCACGGAAGAUCUCAACGACAUCAAGACUUUCUUUCCUAUAAGAAUAUCCACGAAAAGAACGCAGAAGUUGAAACAGUAUUUAAAAAGAGAACUUGAGCUUCUGCGUGAGCAGCCUUUCGAGUGUUAUGACCAGCAAGAAAAGGUGGAUUAUCUGCUCAUCAAAAACUACCUGGAGAGGCAACUCCGCCAGGUAGAACUCGACAUUAAGCAGGACCAAAAGACUAAACCUCUUCUGCCAUUCGCCGACAUAUUAGUAAAACUCUGCGAAGACCGUGCGCUGGUCGUUCCGAUCGAGCCAAAAGAUGUCGCGCAGAAGCUUUAUGAGACCCAGGGGGAAAUCACAACUGUAAUUGCAAAGAUCAAAGCCGGUUCGAAAGAUCUCUCAAUGGAAAAGACAAGUGCUUUUCGGGCAUCGAAGACCAUGGACUCACUUCGCGACAACUUGAAAGAAUGGUACGGAUUCUAUAAAGGCUACGACCCCUCAUUUGACUGGUGGGUGUCUCGUCCAUACAGCGUGGUGGACACAAAUCUCGAAACUGCCUCGAUCACCAUUCGUGAAAGACUUGUCGGUAUUGACCCAGACAAUGAGGAUGCUAUCGUCGGUGACCCAAUUGGCCGGGAAGGACUUCUCAAUGAGUUCCGCGCCGAAAUGAUCCCCUACACACCAGAGGAGGUCAUUGCCAUUGGAGAGAAAGAAUUCCAAUGGUGCAUCAAAGAGCUCAAAAAGGCAUCACGCGCAAUGGGCUUAAAGGACAACUGGAAAGAAGCUCUGGAACAAGUCAAGAAUGAUUUUGUUGAGCCUGGAAAACAGACUCAACUCGUUCUAGAUCUUGUGGAAGAAGCAAUCUCUUUUGUUGAAGAGCAUGACCUUAUCACAGUACCCCAAAUCGCCAAGGAGACAUGGCAGAUGUUCAUGAUGUCGCCCGAGCGUCAGAAAGUGAAUCCGUUCUUUCUUGGAGGCGAAUGCAUCAUCGUCUCCUAUCCGGUCGACACCAUGGACCAUGAAGCAAAAAUGAUGAGUAUGCGGGGCAACAACAUCCAUUUCUCGCGCGCGACAGUGUUCCAUGAGAUGAUCCCCGGUCAUCAUCUCCAAAUGCAUAUGAAUGCCAGACAUAAACCAUAUCGACGCCUGUUUGACACCCCUUUUUGGAUCGAGGGAUGGUCUUUGUAUUGGGAGUUCAUUCUGUGGGAUAAUGAGCGGUUCACGAAAACACCGCAGAACCGGAUCGGAAUGCUCUUCUGGCGCCUUCAUCGAUGCGCUCGAAUCAUUUUCUCUAUCAAGUUCCACCUCGGCCAAAUGGCUCCUCAGGAGUGCAUUGAUCUGUUAGUGGACGAAGUGGGCCACGAACGCACGACUGCAGAAGGAGAGGUAAGAAGAUCUCUAAAUGGAGAUUAUUCUCCUCUUUAUCAGGCCGGUUAUAUGCUCGGAGCGCUGCAGAUCUACGCUCUGCGGAAGGAGGUUGUGGACAAACACUAUAUGGCAGAGAAGGUCUUCCACGACCGAUUUUUGAAGGAGAAUCGCAUGCCGAUUGAGCUGGUUCGGGCAUUAAUCAUGGACCAACCGUUGAGCCGAGACUACCAAACUUCAUGGAAGUUUUACUCUGCUUGA